GAAUCAUAGCCCUCCUCAACUCUAUCUUCAUCCAUUCCGAAGUGAAGAAGUGAAGAAGAACAAGAACAAGAGAAGAGGUCGAUUAAUUGGAUUCAUUGCGGCAUAGAAAAUGGUGCCUAAUUCCCAGCAGCGCUUCUCUGGCUAUCCUCGCGCACGCGAAGGUCCCCAGACAGCAUCGUUAUCUACCGUUGUUGAAGAUCCGAACCCCGUUAUAAGAGGAUGGUCGUUGGUUCUUGCGGCGAACGCUCUCACUAGGUUGCCGUUUUUAGCCAAGGCGGCAUGGACCAAUGCUAAGUUCGGCGGUAUCCAGAAUAUCGAGAGCUUGGAGCAGUACAAUUAUCACCUACACCCUGUUGUAACCCCGCUGACAGCUGACGGCAACGAAGCGCCGAGACUGCCGAUUACGCCGGAGCUCUUCCCGAGACAACCGGAGGAUGCCGCCGGCCGUUUCUACUCUAGUGCCGAUUACCAUGCGCUUUACAAGUCUGGAAAGCUCACUCCGCUCCAAGUGGUGAAGGCCUUGAUCCCUCUGAUUUCUCGCGAGCAAGGCGGCAAAUAUGUGUCAGCAUGGUCGGAGACCCGCGUAGAAUCUGUUCUUGCAGCGGCGAAAGCCUCUACCGAGCGCUACCGUCAAGGGGAGCCUCUCGGGCUCUUAGAUGGCGUUCCCGUAGGUGUGAAAGAGGAUACCGCCGUUGAGGGAUAUACUUGUUAUUACGGACAGCGACCAGAGCCCUCGGAUACUACAUUCAAGCCAGCAAAUCAAUCCCUCUGGCCUAUAGCCCAGAUGGAGGCUUCUGGUGCCAUCGUCGUCGGGACGCUCGCAAUGCAUGAGUUAGGCUCUGAUGUCACUGGCUGUAAUCCGCGUCGUGGUUCGCCCAAGAACUGGUACAAUACUUCGUACUACACAGGCGGCUCCUCUUCCGGCGCAGGAUCUGCGUUGUCCGCUGGCCUGAUACCCAUUGCUAUCGGGACGGACGCAGGAGGGAGCAUCCGGAUCCCUUCGACCUUCUGUGGCAUGUACGGAUUGAAACCUACCCUACACCGCACGCAUACAAUGAAAUCAUCUAUCUGUGUUAUUGGGCCUCUCGCAGCCACAGCUGCCGACCUUGCAAUAGCAUAUCGAUCAAUGACAGCUCCCAACCCCGACGAUGCCAUCCAAAGUGCAUUCGCGCCGUCUGUUCCGCCGUCUCCCUCAGCCAAGAAGACACUCGGCAUAUGCCGAGAGUGGAUCGAUCGCGCAUCACCUGUGGUUCGCAAGAGCACCGAGCAGGCCAUCGCUUACUUCGCCGAAAAGCUGGACUACAACGUAGUUGACAUACAAAUCCCCUACCUUCAAGAAGGCCAAUGGGCUCAUGGGGCUUGGGCUCUUGCCGAAGCGCUGGAUCAUGUGAAAACUCGGCUCAAGGGACAGUAUUCUUCACUGAAUCAUUGCAAUAAAAUAGUCGUGGGGAUUUCAAGUUGCACAACCGCUGCGGACAUGCUUAAAUACUCACAGCUGAGGGCACUUCUAAUGGAACACCUCGCUUUCCUCUUCCAGAAGUAUCCCGGGCUGCUCAUUGUCACUCCCACAGCACCUGAGGCCGGCUGGAAAGUACACCCUGGAGACGAGGCCUACGGAUUCGUAGACUCCAACCUCACGUUACGCAUGAUGAUGUACAUCUGGCUAGCUAACUCUACUGGCUGUCCUGCAGUGAGCGCACCAGUGGGCUACAGCGAGCCGGAGCAGGGAGAGGGAAAGCUCCCUAUUGGUAUGAUGGCCAUGGGAGAGUGGGGGGCAGAGGAGCAGCUCCUCUCUUGGGCGGCUGAAGCCGAGGGGUAUCUGAAUGAUGUGGUCGAUGGUGGAAGAGUGAGGCCAAAGGAGUGGGCGGACAUUGCCAGCCUGGCCACCGAGGUGGACGCUGAAGCGAGUUGAGCGCCUACAGUAGUUCAUC